GUUCUAUGCCAUACUGUGUUAUGUUAUAGCCAAAGGAACAACAUUUCCAUGGAAAAAAGCCCCCCUUUAGGUUAAAUAAGAGUCAGGUUAGUGGAGAUGCAAGCUCACUCAGUAAGGAUGCAUGUUUGUCAGUGCAAAAAAUUAACAAAAUAAAUUUUUGAAGAAAAGAAAAAGGGAAAAAAUAUUUUGGGCCAAGUCCAAUAAUAUGUCAAACAUUGCUUUGCAGCAUUUGACUGAACAAACAAGUGAUAAAAUUACCUGCAAAAUAAAUAAAUAAAAAUACACCUGUGGAGAAUACGUGACGUUACACCUGCACUCUGCUCACGUGACACCAAGAGGAAGUAGAAAACGUGCAUAAUGAUAACAUCUUUUGCAAAAUGAUUGAUAGGAAAAUCUCCAAACUUGUCUUACGCGCACAAUAAUGAGGUCACUCAAACAAACUCAAAUAAUCUCAAAUAAACUCAAAUAAAAAUCCUCCAUAGUGGGUUUAAGGAAGGUUCUCACGUGGUUAUAAUGAAAGCGAAUGCAGCCAAACUAGUUCUGUGCCCACUUCCCCUGUCUAUACUUGCGCUAUGCGGCUUUCUACUCUGUACACUUGUUUGAUAACCAGGUGAAACAAUGGUGAACGUAAUAACAGUCUUUUUGAGCGUCUUAUUUCUGUGUUUGAGUUCCGCAGCACCGCCAAACUUUGUCGUUUUCUUCGCGGAUGAUCUUGGGUUCGGGGAUCUGGGUUGUUACGGGCACCCCUCCUCCGUGACUCCGAACCUGGACAAGCUGGCGAAGGGAGGACUGCGCUUCAGCGACUUCUACGUCACUGUAGGUGGCUGCAGCCCGUCCAGAGCUGCUUUACUGACUGGCCGAUAUGAGACGCGCUCGGGGAUCUAUCCUGGGGUCCUGUACCCAGGCUCCAUUGGAGGUCUUCCUCUUAAUGAGACCACCAUUGCUGCCAUGUUAAAACCGCUGGGAUAUGCCACAGCCGCAAUCGGGAAGUGGCAUCUGGGAUUAGGGACCAACGGAACGUACCUGCCCACCAACCAUGGAUUUGACCAUUUCCUUGGGAUCCCAUACUCCCAUGAUCAGGGCCCGUGUGCAAACCUGACCUGCUUCCCUCCGGACGUGAAGUGUUUUGGACAGUGUGAUACUGGAGUCGUAACUGUCCCACUGAUGAAGAACGACAAGAUUAUACAGCAACCAGCCAACUUCCUGGAGCUGGAGAAGGCUUACAGCAACUUUGCAACUAAUUUCAUUCUGACCUCAGCCCAGAAGCAACAGCCCUUCUUCCUCUACUAUCCAUCCCAUCACACACAUUACCCCCAGUAUGCCGGCAUGAGGGCAGCAGGGAGGACUUCCAGAGGUCCUUUUGGAGAUGCUCUGCUAGAGUUUGAUGACACCAUCGGAGACAUUAUGGCCACCCUGGACAAGACCGGGGUCCUCAACAACACUUUGGUCCUCUUCUCCGCAGACAACGGACCUGAGCUGUUACGGAGGUCUCGUGGAGGUACGGCUGGUCUUCUGAAAUGUGGUAAGGCGACGACAUAUGAAGGAGGGGUGAGAGAGCCUGCCAUCGCCUACUGGCUUGGAAGAAUCCAGCCUGGUGUUACUCAUGAACUGGCCAGCACUCUGGACAUCCUGCCAACUAUGGCCAAACUGUCAGGAGCCACACUGCCACCUGUGGUUUUGGAUGGAGUGGACAUGACAGACAUCCUCCUUCGUCAUGGCAAGAGUAAAAGGGAGGUGAUGAUGUUCUGGUCCUUAAACCCAAGUAAGAAGCGUGGCCUCUUUGCGUUAAGGCUGAGGAAAUACAAGGCUUACUUCUAUACACAAGGUUCUGUCAAAAGCAGCACCGUACCGGACCCUGACUGCGUUGCCCCUCUUCAGUUCCAUGACCCUCCUCUUCUGAUUGACCUGGAGAGUGACCCGUCAGAGCACUACCCCCUCUCACUGAAGGAACGCCCUGAUCUCCAACAGGUUCUGGAUGAGAUCAUGAAGGUCAAGGCCAGUCUGGAGGCCUCCAUGGAGUUUGGAGAGAGCCAGAUAGGAAAGGGACUUAACCCAAGCCUAGAGCCCUGUUGCAAUCCAGAGUGUAGCCCCAAACCAAGCUGCUGCCAGUGUCUGUAACUAUACACGUUUUGGUAAGGGCAUGAUAAUAUCUACAUAUGUUUAGCUGAAGAUGUUUUAUAUUUUUAAAGGGUUAUGCUAAAUUGACUUUUCAGGGCUUUUCAGAACCAUUCUCAUUUGCACAGUCAGUUGGUUUCAGAAUAUUUCAUACAUGUUCGAGUAAUCUUUAUUCUCCUGUAUUCAAGAUGCCAUUGCUCUGAAAAUUCUCAUUUUCCAAUAUCCCCCUAUAGACCACUACUACUCUGUACUUUGUUCUGAGCAUUUUAGCUUCUUGACUGGUGAUGUAGGAUUCAACAGCGUUGCCUAGUCAUUUUGGUACCAAAAAAUAAAAAAUAAAAUUGACGCUAUUGGAUCCCUAGUCUGCAGGGUCUGGCAGCAGCAGUUAUCAGUAGGAAGUAACCUGACUUUUUUUUUUUUUUUUUUUUUUAGUGAGUUUAGAGCAAUACUGCAAUUUAAAAUCACCAAAAUAUAAAAUAAUGGUCCAUGGGUAUGGUGUCAUAGAUUACAACUAUAAAGCAGACAAAAGCAGAAUACAUAAUAGAAUACUGAAGGAGUACAUUAGUGAAUAAAUGUCCUCUGUCAUUCUAAACUGACAAACUUUUUUGUUGUUUCAUCAUCAAAAACAUACCUGGAAUUGUGUUUUGUUUCAGUCACGUUUCAGUAAUUCUGAAUCUUGUAUAUUGUGAACUCCUGACCACUUGAUGAUGUCUUAUUUGUAUGUCCAUAUACCACCAGUUUUAUUUCAUCACUAAAUUAACCUCAACUAUACAACACUAUCACAUUCUAAAACAUUCAGCUAUUGUACAUAUUAUUAUUCAUAUUUGUUGUUUCUUUUAUCAGUGAAUCGGCUGGUGUUUUAUGUGUAUGUUAAAUUAUGCCGUUUAAUUGUAGUAUUGCACAGUAUUAUUUUAAUGAAGAAAAUGUGAAAUGCUAUAGCAAAGAUGGAAGGUUGCUAAAGUUGUUAAAAACCUGAAGGAAUGCAUAAUAUAAGGUCUUAUAUGGCCUACACACUGCCUCUGUGAAAUCUAAUAAGACAAUUUGUAUGUGUUUUUAAUCUUUGUUGCCAUAUGUUCUUCAUAUGUACAGGUAUUGUUUGAAUUAUAACAUCACACCUAAUUUUUCUUUGAAAUGUAAGACAAAAUAAACAA